GUGCGCUAUUUCGCAACCAUUCAAAGUCGGAAUCUCGACGCGGUCCUACCGGCACGCGGGAGAGCCGUUUCUGAACGCACCCGAUUUUUCGCGCGAAAAGUGACAGAGCGUUUGUUUUUCUUUUUUCAAAAUGGCUGUCGCUAGUGCCAGGAAUAUUGUGAACCUGAAGGAGGGCCACUUCAGUCACGAAAAUGCGCGGAUUGAAAAAUAUACGUUGGCGGACGAGCUCCCGGCCCAGCUGUCGGAGCUGGGGCUGCGCCCCCGAGCGAUGGCCAAGCCCUCCUUCACAGUCCGCACCCUCACCAAAGACGAUGAAGAGAGGGCCCUCAAGUUCUUGAGAAGGUUUUUCUUCCGAGACGAGCCCAUGAACCAGGCUGUGAACCUCCUGGAGACUCCUGACUCCAGAUGCCCAGAGCUGGAGGAGUACUCCGCCAGUUCCAUCGACCAGGGCAACUCCGUGGUGGCCGUGGACGAAGCAGGAGAAUUCGUGGGGCUGAUCAUCAACGGAAUCGUUAACAGAGAGGAUGUGGACUACUCAGACAAAUCCGAGGAUUGCCCCAACCCGAAGUUCAGGCGGAUCCUCCAGGUGCUGGGACACCUGGACAGGGAAGCCAAGAUCUGGGAGAAGCUGCCAGAAAGCUGCCAGAAGGUCAUGGAGGUCAGGAUCGCGUCUACCGACUCCUCUUGGAGGGGGAGAGGACUGAUGAGGGUGCUUUGCGAGGAAUCUGAGCGUAUAGCAAGAGCAGAAGGUGCAGGGGCUAUGCGCAUGGACACCACUUCUGCCUACUCCGCCGCAGCCGCCCAGAGGCUCGGCUACAGACCAGUGUACGAGGUGGCUUAUGCUGAGCUGCCCUACGCGCCGCAGCCGCCCGCCCCACAUGAAGUCGCCAAAGUAUACAUCAAAGAGCUGUGAAAAAUUAAAAACUACUACGUAGUCUCACCUACCAUAUAAUAUUAUUACUGUAAUAUUGUAGCAUUGUAGGAAGCACUAAGUAUAUUAGAGUUGGAAGCAGGUACUUUUUGGCUUUGAAUCUAAUCUUAAAGAUGUUAUUUGUAUAUUGUGUGAUACCAAAUUAUUUAAAGUGGUGAUAAUUUAUUGUAAAUGUACAAAUUCACAAACCAUAGGUUUGAAACAUUGUGAUAACGUAACAAAAUUAUUCGAAAAAUAAUAAAAAAUGGUAUUUAUAUCAGUUAUAUCACCUAUUUAAUUGCAUUAGAAAUGUAAUUGUAUUCCUCUAAUGAAGUAAAAUGGUUGACUGAAUAUUUGGUAUAUUAUCCUUAAAAUUUAAACAAAAAGGAAAAAGGAUAUUGCCCUAAUAUCAACCUAUAUUACUAUGAUUACUUUCGCGUAAUUAAUGAAUAAUUUUCUUCAACAUCUUGAUAAAUACUAAAAAUAAUAAAUCAAAUAAUAACCAGUGAAAAAUAGAAAAUCAAGUAGAUACACAAAAUCAUAAUAUCGAUAACCUUUAUAACGCCUACUUAUUUUGAAACGAAGCAAUCGCUGCUUCGCAAUAUUGCUAACAAAAUACUGUAAGUAAACUUGGAAGCGUAAAACCACUUAUUUUUACCUAUUGUAUUAGUGUGAUGUGUAGUUCCUUAUUGUUAAGUAUUAUUUAGUUGUGAUAAUAGAUACUGUAAGCUGAAUAUUCUGAAAGAAUUCAUCAAGAAUUUAUGCGUGUACCUACUCGUACAUAUUUGGCGAUGCAAAACAAAGUCAAUUGUGAAAGUCAAUGUAAUUUGAUCAUUAAACUAUGUGAAGUAGA